AGCAGUCUGACGUCUCGUUACUGUGAAUGACUUUUAAAAAAAACACUCUGACAACAGCACAGCAGGCGAGACGACCGCGGAAACCUGAGGAACAAUUUUCUUUUGUAACUUCUUCCCGCUUCCUUCCUUCCUUCCUCCCACCUGUAUGACUGCGUGAAGACAAAAGUGACUCAGUUAUGGAGAGCUCCAUUGAGUCUUCCCAGACUGGUGGAAUCUCAAAACCCAAGCCAACUCUGGCCCCCAAACCUCGGCUCACUCCCAAGCCCUUCUCUCUGCAGAAGAACACCACCAUUCGCUCCAUCCAUGCCCCAAGGACGGUCACUGCAACCUCAAAGACAUCAACACAGCAGACUGGAAAAUCUGAGGCCACAAGUAUCCCCAAACCAAUUUUGACCACCCCUGCUCAGCAACCCACCACCUCUGAUUCCAAACCCAGCUCUGUAAGUGUGCUCACCAAAGAUCAACCAAAAACAAACAAAGAAAGCCAACAAAGUCCACAUGGAGAAGACACUCUUGAUUCUAGUGUUGGAAAAUCAGAUCCAGCCCCACAAACCACUCCACCCAAAGAGACACCCAAGUCCAAGCCGAUCCAGAAAGACGACAUCAUCGAAACAAACCACAAAGCCCCCGCGGAUAUUGUGACUAACUCAGUACAGAAAGACGGAAAAAAGGAAGAAGAUGAAACUCAGACGUCUGUCGUUCAAAAGCCUGAAGAAUCAGGCGGUGACAUUUCCUCUACAGCCAACCCAGCGUAUCGGAGGGGCAGCACCAGGAAGCGCCUGUCUAUGGAGCUCACCUCGAAGUUUGAGUCAGCUGGCUUAUCCCUGCCCCCCCAACCAAGUGUUACCCUCUCUACAACCAGCACCAAAGAUGAUGCAAACAAGGCAGUAAAGGAGUUUUCAGAACCAGAGCAGAAACAGACAACAUCUGAGCCGUCAAACAGAGAGAGUGAGGAAGAUUCACCGAAGGACGAUUAUAGUGGAGGAGGCAGUAUAAAGCGCAGAAUCAGUCUUCUGUUUGACUCAUCGUCGAGGCCAGAGGUCAUAACAAAGAAAGAGGAGCCAGAAAUCAUAAAUAGUACAAGAGGUGUAAAGGAGAGAAUCAAAAACUGGGCCGCGGACACAAGCUCUGAGGGUCCGAAGGUCGAGAAGAAGCCUCAAGCUGUGUCACCAACUCGCUCUAAGAGCUCUGAGCCAGCGACUCCUCCAACAGCAGAGAAAACACCCAGAAGUCCACCUGUUGAACCCCCUGCAACAGUGGCAUCGUCCAGUCAGGCGGUGGAUCUUCCUUCCAAGGUCUCACCUGCUGAACAACCAACAGAGACCCCCGUGGAAACAUCCAAAGAUGGUCUCACUGAAGUUAAGUCAUUGGAAAACUCAAGAGAGACAUCUGGACAGCAUAUAGAGAGCAAAUCAUCAGAGGGUGAUGUCCAGCUCCGCAAUCGCAUCACAUCUACAAGCCACACUGCCACUGAGGGAGACUCGAGUGAGGGUGCUCAGCACACUCUAAAGAGGGACAAUGUCAAACGCCGCUCUGUUCGCUUUGGUGUCGUGGAGAGUGAUGAUGGUGGACCUCCGGUGAUCCUGGGCUCAGAUUCUGAUUCCAGCGAAGAAGAGAAAGAAGAAGAAGAAAAGGCUCCUGAGGAUGAAGCUGAGGAGGACAUCCCUGUUUCAGUGCCUGUCUACAGAAGACUAGGGGUUCUUCAGAAGAAGGACGAUGAGGUGCAAAGGCAAGAAGCAGAACGACUGAAACAUUUGGAAUUUGAAAGAAAACGGCGAGCAGAGGAGAUCCAACAGGCGAGACUUAAGUUAGAGGAGGAGCAGAAAGAAGAAGAAGAAAGGGCGAAAGAAAGGGCAAGGAAGAAGGAAGCGCAGGAGAGGGAAAGAGAGAGGCUGAAGGUGGAGGCAGCAGAGAGACAGAGGAAGGAAGAGUGGGAGAGAGAAAGGUUGAAAGAAGAGGAGAGGGAGAGGAAGAGGCUGAGAGAAGAAGAGAUGGAGAGGGAGAAACAGAUGGAGUUGGUGUGGCAGACACAGAGAGAAGAGGAAAGAGAGAGGGCCAAACAGAAAGAGGAGAGACUUAAACAGGAUCAGGAGGAGAAGGAAAAAGAGAGAUUGAAGGAGGAGGAGAGAAAAGAGAAGAGACUGAGGGAGGAAAGAGAAAACCAGCAUCUGAGAAAGGAGCAGGAGAGAUCAGUUCAGGAACACGAGGAACACAGAUUGGAAGGGAAACUGAGAGAGGAGGAAAUGAAUAAAGAGAAACAAAGAGAGGAGGAGUGGGAAAAAGAGUGGGUGAAAAAGACUGGGAGGUUGGGAGAAAAAGAAGAAGAGAUGGAAAGAGAGAAAGAGUUGGAGAUGAUGUGGCAGAGACAGAAAGAGGAGGACAUGGAGAGGGCGAGACAGAAAGAGGAGAGACUCAAACAAGAGGAGAGGGAGAAAGAGUUGGAGCUGAAGUGGCAGAGACAGAAAGAGGAGGACAUGGAGAGGGCGAGACAGAAAGAAGAGAGACUCAAACAAGAGGAGAGGGAGAAGGAAAGAUUAAGGGAAGAGGCGGAGGAAAGAGAGAGGCAGAGGAGGCUGAAAGAGCAGCAAGAAAAAGAGAUAGAAAGAAUGAGGCAGAUAGAAAUGGAGAAACAGAGAGAGGUGGAGAGGAGGGAAGAGGAAAGGAAGAGGCAGAAAGAGGAGGACAUGGAGAGGGCCAGACAGAAAGAGGAGAGACUCAAACAAGAGGAGAGGGAGAAAGAGUUGGAGCUGAAGUGGCAGAGACAGAAAGAGGAGGACAUGGAGAGGGCGAGACAGAAAGAAGAGAGACUCAAACAAGAGGAGAGGGAGAAGGAAAGAUUAAGGGAAGAGGCGGAGGAAAGAGAGAGGCAGAGGAGGCUGAAAGAGCAGCAAGAAAAAGAGAUGGAAAGAAUGAGGCAGAUAGAAAUGGAGAAACAGAGAGAGGUGGAGAGGAGGGAAGAAGAAAGGAAGAGGCAGAUGGAGAAAGAAAGAGCGGAGGAGCUGGAGAGAAAAAUGCAAGAGGAAUUGGAAAGGAAGAGAGCACAAGAACUGGAAGAAAAGCUAAGAAUGGAGGAAGAGAGAGAGAGGGAUGGGUUGACCAGCAGGGAAGGGCAGAGUACGGUGGAGGAGGGAAAUUUAAUCAGCUUUGACUCUGAAGAUGCGCCUCAGAAGACACAAUCACCAUAUUCCCCCUUAGCAAAAACAUUUGAGCCCACAGAGAGUCCAAGCGAUGUUGUUUACGAUGACUUUUCCGUCAAACAGCCUCUGAUCCAGGUGGAUUAUGAUGAUUUUUCAGUCAAGCCAAAGAGAUGGGGCUCACAGGCUAAAGCAGAAACAAGUCAGAGAUGGGAGGCUGACCCUGUGGAUAGACAGGAAGUGGACCUGCUGGUGCCACUGGAUGUCAGCCCUCUGGAAAACAAAGUGCCAGAACAGGUGGAAAAACCAGACAGUCCAGAGCCUACAAUAGCCCAGGAAAGUAUGGAGGAAGAGGAGGAGGAGCAGAGGCCUGAGGAAACACAGCUCAUCUCCAUGGAGGUGGGGGAAGAAGGGGAGGAAAGGGAGCUAGAGAGGGAGGAAGAGGAGGAGACGAAAGGAGAUGAAGAAGAAGAAGACACGCAAGAGACACAGGUCAACAGUUAUUGCACAAACGGUAAAGACAAAGAUACGGAUGCUUUGAUAGACAGCGAGCCAGACCAGCAGAAUGAGGCCUGUGAACAGCCAUCUGAAAUUGACAGUCCAAAGCCCGUCCCUGACCACGUUCCUGAAUUCUCCACUGAAGACAUUGAUACCACUGAUUUUCACACAGUGGCAGAGCUGGCUCCAUUCCCUGAGAGCCCCACUCCUCUCCUGGACACCAGUGCACAGAGAUCAAAGGCAGAUCUUGGAAAGAGGCGAAUUCGAACACGUCCAUCACGCUCCCUCCGUGCAGGCUUGGCUCCGAAUAAAAGCCCAGACUGGAGGACCCGUGACUCCACAGAUGAAAAGGAGGCCUCUUUUAAGCGAAGGGAGUCAGACUCCGAGGAGGAGCAGCCUAAACCGAAGAUAGUCUGUCCUCCUCCCACCUCUCAGAGAGUCCCCAUAUUCCCUGGUUUGAGCCCUGCAGCCUUAAUUGCUCAGAUAAAGAGGAGAACAGGUGGAGCAGGCACUGGAGGAAGAGAGGAACCCGAAGAAGACAAGGGAAGAGAAGAGAAGGAAAGUCAGAAUCAGGAAGUAGCACCAACUCCCUUGCAACUGUCCCGCUCUCCUCGCUCUGUCGCUCAUCUUGCUGGGGCUGCACUAGUGCUGCCUCCCUUAGGCGGCACGAGUGGAGGUGCCGCCUCUUCUCCGGCUUGGCUGAAAGAACUGAAGUCUAAGAAGCGUCUGAGUCAGUAUGACAGCGAGGCUUAGCCAGACACAGGAGACAUUGUGCGUUGCUGUUCAGCAAGAAUCAAUCCAUCUCAGCUGCUGCUGCUUGUGACACACCUUACCAUGAUUGCUCCAUUUUGCACUUUGAGUGCCUUAUUUUGGACCUUUAAUGAGAUAUGCAGGAGGAGGGAUCACACUUUUGCUGAAAAUACGCCAUCAAGAACUUUUGUAUCUUGUAAAUUAAAUGUGGUGCCAAGGCUGUGUGCCAAGACUGUGAUGUGUUAAUGCAAAGUAUAUAUUUUAUCUACUGUUAUACAGAGGCUCAAUGGAGGUGUAAUACCCUUGUGUAAUUUAGAGCAAAGCCAUGGACUGUCUUGCUGUUUGAAUGUGUCCUUUAUAUACUGGCAGGGACUGAUGACACUAGGCCUUCAGCAGGGUGUCUACCUUCACACGAACACACAUAUGUACAGAAAAUACUGAAUAUAAAUAAUGGAUUGCACCUUGUGUGUAUUUAGGUUAAAUUGUACAAAAUGCUUUUUACAUUAUCUUUCCAAUCACAGAUUGUCUAAAGUAAACCUUUAAGCACUUUAAACUUACCGUCCAUGUAGUACAUCUAAGCAAUAGAAUCAUCAAGUACCUAACUAUGGUCAUGGUCAGUAUGGUAACAUGGUCAUGGGAACUUUUCUUUUUGUCACUUCAUGAAUGUCUGUCUUCUCUUUCAAGUAAGGUUCCACAACACUUUGUGGUUUUAUUAAAAUGCCCAGUAGCAGGUCAGAACAUCAACAGUGAGCUGGUGGGAAAUUUGGGGCAUGCUAUAACAGAAUCACAUCAAGUGUGUUCUGUUAAAUCUUUAACCCAGAAAAAUUAAUUAAUCUGCUUUAGAUUCUAUUAUGUGCCUGUUUAAUGUUAAAGAAUAACCCAUCAUCAAUGCUGUAAUCAUUUAUGAUAAACAUACUGUAUGAUAAGAGGAAAUUUGAGGGAAUUUUAUUAAACGUUUUUCUAUGAUA